AUGACUUUUAGACGAAAGAUUUUAGAUAAAAUACGUAUAUCUUAAACAGAUCACAUUCUAAUAAAUAAAUCAAUUCCUUUUUCUAUCCAAUCUAAAUGGACAAACUUAUCAGAUCAUGUCCUACUAAUUAUUUAACUCACAAUAAGUUAAGAAAAUAAUUGCAGAAAAGAAAUUUUAGAAAUAAAUAAGAAAUUAGCAUAAUAAGAAUGUCAGAAAUUAUAUCAUCAGAAUGAUAGUUUUUCCUCUUUUUAUAAACAAUACCAAAAAUCUAUUAAUAAGCACCACAUAAUUAACAAAAGAAGAAUUAAACUUCGAAAACUCUAAUAUAAAUUGCAUGAACAAGAACUUGUGGAUUAAUUUAAUAACACCUUUAAAGGAGACAAAAGAGACUUUUUUAGGUUAAUCAAAAAAACUAUUCUAUUGAAUUUAAACAAGAGAGAAGGAGGAAUUUAUAAUUGUUAUCUUGAUGAUACGAAUAAUAUUAUUGUAGGAGAAGAUGUGUUUAAGAAUUGUUACAUUCAAUUAGAUAAUUUGUCAAAAUAAAUAUAAUAUUUUCCGUUGGCUAUUCCAUAGUUGAAUUAACUCUCUAAAGAGUAGGUUGAAAAACUACGAAUAAAANAUGAAAAUGGAGUUAUUCAAGGUUCUCCUAUAUCCCCGUAACUUUUUGACAUUUAUAUGGAUGGUUUUUUAAGACAAUUGAAAUCUGCAAUUAAAUUUUCUUACUAAUUUCUUGGUUAUGCAGAUGAUUUAGUCUUUAUUGUUAAACAAUCGAAAUUAUAAUAAUUCAUUUUUUAACUAAGAAUUUAAGCAAAAGAAUGGGCAUUUAUUUUGAAUGAAAAGAAAUCUGGAAUCUUACCUAUAAAAUGGAAAAUGGUAGAAGAUAGCUAUGAUAAUUUUCCGGUUGUCAAUAACUAUAAGUACUUAGGAAUAAAGAUAGACAAUAAAGGUUAAAUAAAAUAGCAUAUUGAUGAUAUUGAAAAAAUUGUUCAAUUUAAAAUGAGUAAACUGAAAUAUGUUUCUUUUAAGAUGGAUUUUCGUUAAAGAUUUCUUUUAUUUUUAAUUUAUAUUCAACCAUACUUCAACUACUGUUAAAUAAUUGAAUAGUUUUAAAACAAAUCGAUCAGAAAACGAUUUCUAAUGUUGAGGAAGAGAGCUUUUAAAAAUUUAUUAAGAUUACCAUAAAAUACAAAUAACUUCUUAAUGGAUAGUAUUCUAAGUGUGUAUAAUAUUAAAUAAUCAUCAACUAUCAAUAAAACAAUAAGGAAGCUGUAAGAAAGGUUUAUAGAUGUAUCAUAAUAAACUUUGAUUCAUUUAUAUGAAAAAACCAAUUAAUUGUAGAGAGAUAUAUAAGAUAUAAGAAAAAUAUAUCUAAUUCCAAAAAAUCUCUAAUAUGUGUAUAAAAUGGCUUGGACAUUCUGCAAAUCUCAUAAUAAUUCAAGAUUAACAGCAAAACAUGUAAUACUUGAACAUUUAAAUUUCUAGAGCGAAGAAGAAUUUUACACAUCAAUCGGAGAAAACUUAAAUGAGAAUAUCUAAAAUAAAAUAGAAUAAGAUCUUGAUAAACUAAUUGAUGAACAUAUCAAAAAAAGGACUUUAAUGGAAUGAAAAACUUUUAAAAUUGAG